AUUCCGUCGAUGCCUUCGCAAACCACAAAAAAAAAUUCUUCCAAAACAUCAACAACUUCUUUGCUGUGUUUUCCCUUCUCUUCUUCCUCCAAAACCAGUUUUCCUUUCCAAAACACACGCUAAGAAAGAGAGAAUUACUAUGAGUGCACCAUUUGGUAUUGAUUUCGGUAACCACAACACGGUUGUUGCUGUUGCAAAGAACAGGGGUAUCGAUGUUGUUGUGAACGAAGUGUCCAACAGAGCCACACCAACGAUUGUUGGAUUCGGCCAGCAGAACCGUGCGAUUGGAGAGAGCGGUAAGUCACAGCAGAUCUCCAACAUCAAGAACACUGUUGAUAACUUCAAGAGAAUUGUCGGUUUGGACUAUGGCCACCCGGACGUGAAGAAGGAGGAGCCAUUCUUCACCACGAAGCUUGCCGAUGUUGAUGGACAAGUUGGUGCCAAGGUGAGAUUCCUUGGGAAGGAGGAGACGUUCUCCUCUGUGCAGAUCGCUGCUAUGUACUUCAACAAGCUCAAGUCCACCGUGAGCAAGGAGACCAAGCUGAACAUCAACGACGUUUGUAUCUCUGUGCCAUUGUGGUACACCCAGCAGCAGCGCCACGCUGUUGCCGAUGCUGCUAGAAUUGCCGGGUUGAACCCGGUCAGAAUCGUCAACGACCUGACAGCCGCUGCUGUUGGCUACGGUGUGUUCAAGACCGACUUGCCAGAAGACAAGCCGGUCAACAUUGCGCUUGUUGACAUUGGUCACUCUGCCUACGAGGUUUCCAUCGUUUCCUUGAAGAAAGGUGAGCUCAAGGUGUUGGGAUCUGCUUACGAUAAGUUCUUUGGUGGUAGAGACUUUGACUACGCCAUUGCCAACUACUUUGCCGAUGAGUUGGAUGCUAAGCACAAGACCGAUGUGCGCUCCAACCCAAAGUCCUUCUCCAGAAUGCUCGCAUCUGCUGAGAAGUUGAAAAAGAUCUUGUCUGCCAACACCCAGGCCCCAUACAACGUUGAAUCUGUGAUUAACGACAUUGACUACUCUUCCUCUAUGACCAGAGACCAGCUGGAGGAGUUGGUUCAACCAUUGUUGGACCGUGUUAACGUUCCAAUCGAGCAGGCUUUGAAGCAAUCUGGUUUGUCCAAGGACGACUUGGACUUUGUCGAGGUCAUCGGUGGUGGUUCCAGAGUUCCAUCCCUUAAGGAGAGAUUGGCUGAGACUUUUGGCAAGCCAUUGUCCUUCCACUUGAACCAGGAUGAGUCCAUUGCUAAGGGUGCCACUUUUAUCUGUGCCAUCCACUCCCCAACUUUGAGAGUCCGUCCAUUUAAGUUCACCGAUGUCAACGAGUUCUCCAUCACUUACCAAUGGGAUCAACAAGUUGAAGGUGACGAUGACCACUUGGAAGUUUUCCCAGCUGGCUCAUCGUACCCAUCUACUAAAGUUAUCACUUUGGAACGUACCGGUGACUUCAACGUCUCUGCUAGAUACACCAACGUGAAGGAAUUGCCAGCUGGUACUCCAGAGGAGAUUGCUUCCUGGAAGAUCCAAGGUGUCAAACUUGCAGACGGCCAAAGCACAAUCUCUGUUAAGGCUAAGCUCAGAAACAACGAAUCCGGAUUCGCAUCCAUCGAGUCUGCUUACACCGUGGAAGAAGUUGAAGUUGAAGAGGAGAUCCCAUACGAAGGUGAAGGUGAGAAGCCAGAGGACUACGAGCCACAGUACAAGAAGGUUAAGAAGCUCGUCAAGAAGGAUGAUUUGUCCAUCACCACCAAGGACGCUGCCCUUCCACAGGACAAGUUGAACGAGUACUUCGAGAAGGAGGCCCAAUUGACCUCCACCGAUGAGCUUGUCUUCAAGAUCCAAAACAAGAGAAACGAGAUUGAGGAGUACAUCUACGACUUCAGAUCCAAGUUGGAUGGAAUUUAUGCUCCAUUCGUCUCUGAAAAGGAGAAGGAGGACUUGUCCGAGCUCUUGAUGAACGCUGAGGACUGGUUGUACGACCACGAGGAUGCCUCCUUGGGUGUCUACACCGCCAAGUACGAGGAGUUGGCCUCCAAGGGUAACCUGAUCAGAGGCCGUUACCAAUCUGCCGAGAACGAGAAGGAGGAGGCUGCCAGAGCCAAGAAGGAGGCCGAGGCGUACCAAAAAUUCACCCAGAAGUUGCAAGAGCAGAAGAAGGAGCAACCUGAGGAGCCAAAGAAGGACGCUGAUGGUGACUUAGAUUUGGAUUAAAGAUGCACAUAAGCAACAAAAAUAAGACAAAGAGAGACGAGGUAUAAAGGAAGAGCAUCAG